AUGAAUGAUCUUCCGCCAGAAGUCACCAUCGACAUCCUCUCAAGACUCCCCGUUCGAACCAUCAUGAACUCCAUAUGUGUUUGUAGGUCAUGGCGCGAUUUGGUGAAGAGCCCCCACUUUGCCUCGUUGCAUUCUCGUCAGACAGCCUUGUCCUCCGCCCGCCUCCCCGCCAUAAAAGACCUCAGAUUUUCAAGGGCAUACUCCUUCUUGGGGUUUAUUGGUGAUAAUGAACUGAUUCUCAAACCACCCAAAGGUUCACUUCUCUCUCAUAACUUUCCAAAUCCUAAUAAGCCAUUUAUACAUAGCUCCCUUAAUGGCUUGCUUUUCAUGAUCGACAUGGACUCCUUGUUUGAAGUAUUCGUAUGCAAUCCAAUCACUCGUGAGUAUGUCAGGAUCGAUAUGGGUCGCGAUAUGGGUCGUAAAUGUGAAUCAGAAGAUUAUGCAUUUGGGUUUGGAAUGAGCAAAAGUGGUCAGUACAAGAUUGUUAGGCUUUUUGCCCAUAAGAAUUUUCCCCUUACGUGUCAAGUAUACAUUCUAGGAAUGAGACAGUGGAAAAGCAUUACAAUUGAGAGCCAAUUGGAAUUGUGGUAUCAAAUGGAUCACGUGCCUCCUUGUCUGAAUGGGAAUCUUCAUUGGCUUUUACGUAGUUAUGCGGAUAGAAGUAACCCUCCUAGGGUUUAUUGCCUCGAUCUUGAAACUGAGCUAUUUAACUAUUUUUCUUGUCCUCCUAGUAUUCAACAUUGUCAAAGAAGUCUCUAUUAUGUGCUAUCAGUUUUGGGUGGACGCUUGUGCUUCACCAAUGAUGACUUUGAUGAUAAGGUUGAAAUAUGGCGCAUGAAGGAAUAUGGAGAUGACAAAUCAUGGACUAAGGAUUAUGUUAUCAACAGAAAACCAUGUAUGCUCAAACUUCCUGAUGUUUUAUAUUGUGCUUUCAAACUUAAUAUACGUUAUGAUAUACAUGAUGUUAUUUUGGAUGGCGAAGCUAUAGACCAUUGUAUAGAAAGCAUGAAUCUCUACCAUGAUACGCUUCAUCCCGUUAAAGCAUUCGAAGAUGGGGGGAUCUUACUCGCCAUGCAUCGAUCUUCUCGACUAUUUUACUAUUCGAACGCGACUAAAGCUAUUCAAGUGAUCAAGAAAGAGAGGAAUCAUGAUAGUUCCAACUUAGUUAUUCAUAGUCCGAAUUUAGUUUCGCUCAAAUCCUUGGUAAUGGGGAAUAUGAGGGUUGAAUAUGUUGCUUAUUAG